GUUAGCGCGCGUUUGUGAUCAACAGACCGUUUCCCCUCCAACUAGAGAAGAGAACUCUUGUCGCAUUUUGAGAAGCGAGGAAGGGAGCUCUUUUUUACAUUUUUUUUUAAAAAUCCAAGCCAGCAUUUUUAGACAGCAGGACCAAAGUUGAAGGAGAAGGUCUCAGGAAAUAAUUUUGUAUUUCUACUACAUACAAACAGACUCGACAAUGUUUGAGGCUCGCUUGGUACAGGGAUCCAUCCUGAAGAAGGUUUUGGAGGCUCUGAAGGACCUGAUCACGGAGGCCUGUUGGGACGUGAGCUCGUCGGGUAUCUCUCUUCAGAGUAUGGACUCGUCCCACGUCUCCCUAGUUCAGCUCACUCUCCGCAGCGACGGAUUCGACUCCUACCGUUGUGACCGCAACCUCGCAAUGGGAGUCAAUCUUAGCAGUAUGUCAAAGAUCCUGAAGUGUGCUGGAAAUGAGGACAUCAUCACUCUCAGAGCAGAGGACAACGCAGACACACUUGCCCUAGUCUUCGAGACACUCAACCAGGAGAAAGUGUCGGACUAUGAGAUGAAGUUGAUGGAUCUCGAUGUAGAACAGUUGGGAAUCCCAGAGCAGGAGUACAGCUGUGUGGUCAAGAUGCCAUCGGGGGAGUUUGCCCGUAUCUGCCGUGACCUGUCUCAGAUUGGUGACGCCGUCAUGAUCUCUUGCGCCAAGGAUGGCGUUAAGUUCUCGGCCACGGGGGAGCUGGGCACUGGCAACGUCAAGCUGUCCCAAACCAGCAACGUGGACAAGGAGGAGGAAGCGGUGAGUAUUGAGAUGAACGAGCCAGUCCAGCUGAUCUUUGCUCUCAACUACCUCAACUUCUUCACCAAGGCCACACCCCUCUCUAAGACAGUCAUCCUAAGCAUGUCUGCAGACAUCCCCCUAGUGGUGGAGUACAAGAUAGCUGACAUGGGCCAUGUCAAGUACUACCUGGCGCCCAAGAUUGACGAGGAGGCUUCCUAAACCUCCCUGGUCCAAAUUUCCAAUGGGGGGGGGGGUUCAUGUUCCUUCCUGUGGGUGGGAGGAGGAUCUUGUUGGCGGGUGGGAAAGAGAUGGCUGGCUGACUUUGUCUGCAUCAUUGCAUCGCUAUAGUGUUUUAUUUGGAUACGUUUGUUUAUCAGCAGUUUUACUGACUUUUUAGUUGCUAAUCUUACCUGGCCAGCUGUCUGUGAGGAAGAUCAACAGAACUCCAUGCUCCCCUUGUUCCCUCUUCUGUCUGGAAAACAAAUGCUCAUUCCAGUUUGUAGAUAUGUCUGUAUAUAUGUUCUGUGGUCAUGUUCACCACUCCAACUUUUUAUUCUUGAACCCCAAUAAAUAAAUAAUUUGAUUUUGA